CCUGCGUUGAGUCAGGGCCCGGCGGGCGGGGCCCUGUCGGCGGCUGCUGCUCGCCCUUGGUCCCCUAAUCCCCUCGCGGGCCCCUCAACGUUCUUGGCGCGUCUCCGGGUGUUGGGCUCUUCCCUACUCGGAUCGUAUCCUAGGAAUGUCCUGACGGUGCCCGUGGGGAGAGCUUCACCCUAAGCCCGGGAUUCUGACACAAGAACUGCAAGUUGACAGCUUGGCUGCCCUGCUCCUGGAUCUGCGUCCUCUCACCAUCUCAUCUCUUUCCCCAGGAUUGUCAGUGGGUUCGCCCCGAGGAGAGCUGACCACCCUGGGCUGCGGCUGAUCUCCGGCAGAGUUGAGCCAAAAUGUCCCCGGAGUCUAAAAAGCUUUUCAACAUCAUUAUUUUAGGAAUUGCCUUUAUGUUUAUGUUCACCGCCUUUCAAACUUGUGGAAAUGUGGCGCAAACUGUCAUCAGGAGCUUAAAUAGCACAGAUUUUCAUGGCAGUGGAUAUACCAGCAUGGCAAUCAUUUAUGGAGUGUUCUCCGCUUCAAAUUUGAUCACGCCCUCCGUGGUUGCUAUCGUAGGACCUCAGCUCUCUAUGUUUGCCAGUGGCUUGUUUUACAGGUAUCGUUUGACUAUAAUACGUUGACCUGUUAUAUUUUAGCAUGUACAUUGCCGUUUUUAUCCAGCCUUUCCCAUGGUCCUUCUACACAGCCUCUGUUUUCAUUGGAAUUGCAGCUGCUGUGCUUUGGACAGCACAAGGAAACUGCUUGACGGUGAAUUCAGAUGAGCACACUAUUGGGAGAAACAGUGGAAUCUUCUGGGCACUUUUACAAUCCAGCUUGUUCUUUGGAAAUCUCUACAUAUAUUUUGCUUGGCAAGGGAAAACUCAAAUAUCAGAGAGUGACCGAAGAACAGUGUUUAUUGCCCUGACAGUGAUUAGCCUCGUGGGGACAGUUCUUUUCUUUCUCAUUCGGAAACCAGAUCCUGAAAACGUCCUGGGAGAAGAUGAGUCUUCUGAUGAUCAGGACCUAGACGUCAGCGAGCCUGCCCAGAACAACAUGACAAAGGCAGUAGAUGCGUUUAAAAAGUCUCUUAAGUUAUGUGUCACCAAAGAGAUGCUCCUUCUUAGUAUUACAACUGCUUAUACAGGUCUGGAAUUGACCUUCUUCUCUGGAGUAUAUGGGACCUGUAUUGGCGCCGUAAAUAAAUUUGGAACAGAGGAGAAGAGCCUCAUUGGACUCUCUGGCAUUUUUAUCGGCAUUGGAGAAAUUUUAGGUGGAAGCCUCUUUGGCCUGCUGAGCAAGAAUAAUCGUUUUGGUAGAAAUCCGGUUGUGCUUUUGGGCAUCCUGGUGCAUUUUAUAGCUUUUUAUUUAAUAUUUCUCAACAUGCCUGGGGACGCCCCUAUCGCUCCCAUUGAGGGAACCGAUAGCAGAGCUUACAUCAAACCCAGCAAAGAAAUUGCCAUCUUCUGCAGUUUCCUGCUGGGUCUUGGAGACAGCUGCUUCAAUACGCAGCUGCUCAGCAUUCUGGGGCUUCUGUAUUCUGAGGACAGCGCGCCCGCUUUCGCAGUCUUUAAGUUCGUCCAGUCCAUUUGUGCGGCCGUGGCGUUUUUCUACAGUAACUACCUUCUCCUCCACUGGCAACUCCUGGUCAUGGUGAUAUUUGGGUUUUUUGGAACGGUUUCGUUCUUCGCCGUGGAGUGGGAAGCCGCCGCCAUCGUCGCCCGGGGCUCUGACUACCGAAGUAUUUGAUCCUGGAAGCCGGUGCCUCUUCAGACAGCAGCUGAGUGACAGGGCUUGGUCGGAGAAGCCACCUUUCAUUUUCACAAUAUAUUGGAUGAUAUUUAGUAUGGGAAAAAUCAAAGAAUUAAGAGUGCCGAGUCUGCUGGAGUCGGUGCUCACGUUUACAGAUACUAGCUAUUUAAAACAAGUGGAAUAAGGAAAUGUGUUGUCGGUCGUAACUGUUCAAAGAUAUUUUUCAAAUCAUCUCUCUCGAGUUCCUUAUAAUCAUGUUAUGGAAUGUAAAUGUCCUCUCCCUCCUGUUUCUUUGAAAGAAUCUUACCUCCAUUCAAAAUACUAGGCCAUGUGUCACAUGAGGCUUCUUGCUGGGUAUUGAGUAUGUGUUACUAUGUAAUAAUAGGGAGCAUAUGGCACUCCACAUUAUGUGUCUGGAAAUGACAUUUAAAUAAAUCAUGAGAUGCUGAAAUGGAAUCUUAUCUUUUAAAAGA